CGGAGCGGCCGGAGUGAGGGCUCCGCGUGCCGUGUUGGGAUGAGUCAACUAGGCAAGGAGUUGCGGUGCACUUCGGUAACUAUUCUCGAUUUAUGCUUGUGUCGGGUGUUCGUCGCAGUUUGAUUCGGCUUCGUUGGUUCGUACUAAUUCUCACAGGAAAUGGUGGAUUUCACAGCCUGUUCUUAGGUCUGGAAUGCUACAGUUAUUAUGAACUUUCCUUUGAUGUCUCAAAGGCAAUCAACUGAUGAAGACAGGCUCAGCACGCUCACUGACGACAUUAUACUGUCUAUCUUGGGGAGAGUCGACAUAACCACGGCAACACGGACUAGUGUGUUGUCAAAGAGGUGGAGGGUUUUGCCUCGGUUGCUUCCUGAGCUCAACCUUCGUGUCUGGGAUUUUAUGCCUAUCCCACGCCCAGGACCCAUUGAGGCACAUCACAUGGAUCAAGGAAUGGCAUGUCUAACCAAAGCAACAAGGAGUUUCUUGGCUGAUCCCACCAGGAAAUCCACCAGCAUCACAAACCUGCUGCUUCAGCUCUUUGGGGGCAGGAACUACUCACGUGAGAUUGGCCUGCUGGUCCGCGAGGCGAUUGACAGCGGGGUGUUAAAACAACUAGAGCUUAGAAUUGUCCAUGAGAAGGAGGUGCCUGUACACUGCCGACACGAGGAUAUGGUACAGCAAGCCCGGGAUGUGAUUGAUUUUUUUACCACCUAUCCCUGUGUGCAUAGUUGCCUCGUAAGCCUUCUUCUGCAUAAUGUGCGUUUCACUGAGCAGGAUAUACACCAUGUCCUGUUUGACUCCUGCAAGGAACUUAAGAAGCUGAUGCUAUUCCACUGUGAUGUUGGGGACUGUUCAAUAUGGCAAAUAAAUGCACCAGAUUCCAAACUCGCAGUCCUUGAAAUCGCGAUAACCUGCUUGGAGAGAGUUGAGGUGGUCUGCCUACCAAAACUGUGGCAGCUACAUUUGGACAAUUGGCUUUAUUUUGAGGCCCCGUUGCGCUUUGGGUUUGUCCCAUCUCUCAACGAAUUGGCCCUUAUCCGUAGUGGAACCCUUGAUAAUCAAGAGUUUCGUCUAAGUGCGGUUCUACAUGGUACCACAAAUAUACAUACUCUAACUCUGGACUUCGAAGGAGGAGAGCUUUGGAUACAACCUGAAGGAAAGCAACUCUGCCCUGCAUUCAGCAAUCUAAGAGAGCUGGGUAUUUGUGGCAUCUCUGUUGAUUUUGACUUGUUAUGGACAAUAAAUCUCCUUGAAGCUGCUCCAUCUGUUGAAAUAUUUCUUGUUCAGAUAUGGGAUCAAUGCCGAGAGGACAGACAGUUAAGAACAGAGACAGCUUAUGCAGAUCAGAGAACAAAACCUUCAUGGAGCAUUACUGGGUCCACGAGCUCAAAUACUUGGAAACUGAAAGAGAUCCUAUUCGUUGGCUUUAGACCCCUGGGGCAACAAAUUUUAUUUAUAAGAGCGGUAAUGAAGCGAGCUCCAAACUUGAAGGCGCUUCUUCUCAAAGAAAAUGAAAAGCCAUGCAGGCGCUGUGAGGCAAUGGCCACUCCGUGCCCUCUGAGAGGAGGCUUCUUUCCAAGGGACCAAGAGGAGCAAGAAGCAACAGUGAAACAAUUUAGAGAUGGUGUAUGUUCCUCUGCGCGUAUAAUCUUUGCAAGUAGUUAAUGUUAAAUGUGCCGUGUAUUCUUGAAGGGAGUGCAGUUUGCCGGAAGUGAGGAACUUACAUAUGGGGUCUCUUCCUCUGCGCAUAUAAUCUUUGCAAGUAGUCAUGCUAGUACUAAAUGUGCCAUGUGUUCUCCUUUCUCACUGUAGGGUUUCUGUUGUGAUGCGCUUAUUGUACUGUCGGUUUAAUAGACGUUCUAUGGUUUGAUAGUAA